GCUAGAGCUUCAGUAUCAGCUGCUUCCUGUUAGCAGAAGAAGAGGAGGAGGGAGGAGAGCGCAGGAUCUGAACAUUCACUUUAUUAUCAGAAAAAUAUGGAUCAGAAAAUUCCUUAUGAUGAUUAUCAGCUGCCAGUUGUGUUUCUACCCUCUUAUGAAAAUCCUCCUGCAUGGAUUCCUGCUCAGGAUAGAAUAAAUCACCCUGAUUACAACAAUGAGCUUACACAGUUUCUACCACGAACAAUAGUGUUAAAAAAGCCUCCUGGAGCACAGCUGGGUUUCAAUAUUAGAGGAGGAAAAGCUUCCCAGCUUGGUAUCUUCAUUUCCAAGGUGGUGCCCGAUUCUGAUGCGCACAGGGCGGGACUUCAGGAGGGAGAUCAGGUGCUGUCAGUUAAUGAAGUGGACUUUCAGGACAUUGAGCAUUCAAGGGCUGUGGAGAUCUUGAAAACUGCCAGAGAGAUUCUGAUGAGGGUGCGCUACUUUCCUUACAAUUACCAGAGGCAGAAGGAGAGGACGGUACACUAGGUGGCAGAGAUGUGCUGAAGAAUGAAAAACGAGUCACUGAGGCAGAGAGUCACCGGCUGUGGGGUUCCAUCAUGCAGCACAGCAUCUUCCUGCUUAAAUACUAACUUAAAGACUUUUUUUUCUUUAGGGAUGUGCACAGAGGUGUACCUCAAUCAUCGUUAACAGCAGAUCAUUCUAUUUAAUGUUUUUAACAGCGGACAGAUUUUUAGAUGCUGCAAGCCAACAUUUGCCAACAUACAUUAUUGUCCUGUAUGUGUAGAUUUGGGAAUAUGGUAAAAGUAUUGUAUCGUGAUAUUUAAAGACAAUUUAACGAUACAUAAUAUUGAUCAUUAUAUUUGGACACACAGAUAAAAUAUAUUAGUAGCCACAAAUUCUUUAAAAACUCUAUUUAAAUACUACAGUUAUUAAAGAGUGAUUUUUAUUAUUAUUAUUAUUAUAAAGUGUGCUGCACAUCAUCUUGUUAAACAGAACUAACUGAACAUUAUGUUAUUAUGUUUAGUUUCCUUUAAGCCCUGAUGAUGUCCAUUGUAUUGGCAGAGAAGCAUAUCAUUUUUCACAAUAACAAAUUCAUCAUGAUUGGAUAAAAUAUUGUCAUUGUGCCCAGCCCUGUGUGGAUAGAUACAUUGCUUACAUUGUACAUGGAAAUUACCUAAUCUAACAGUCUAAUAUUAGCACUCUACACUAUAUAUGUAUAUAAGUAGUGUCGCUGCUUGUGUUUCAGCUCCAGACAGACUGGGAACUCAAAAUUUCUCAUGAUUUUAAAAGCAAAAGCAACAGUUUGAGCUUAAUAAUAAUAUAAUGGCUGCUAUGAAGGUCAUGAUUUUCCUAGGACCUCCACAGUCCAGCCUGAUUCACAACUGUUUUAAUAAUAAUGUCAAUACUGUAAUCAUGUUUCUUAUGUACGUUAUUUAAUAUUUGGGAUAUGGUCUGAAUAUUCAAUAUAGGCAUGGAUUAUUUAUUACUUAAUACAGCAACAACUUUAUUAAUUAUAAUGCAUUUUCAUAGAAAUUAACAGAACUGCUGAUUGACCCUUUUAACACUGUGUAACUAUAUGUAACUAUGAUCUUAUCCACGAAGACCCAGUGUGCAGGUUUUCAUUCUAAACAAUCUGCAGCAAUUAGUGUUGUAAAGAGGUAGAGUUGGUAUACAGUGAAGAGCCCUGUUUGAGUAAUGUUCUAAUCUACAGGUGCUUCUAAAAAAAAUAGAAUAUCAUUGAAAAGUUACUUUAUUUCAGUAAUUCAGUUCAAAAUGUGAAGCUCAUAUAUUAUAUAGAUGUAUUACACACAUCUAUUUUAAGCGUUUAUUUAUAUUAUUGUUGAUGAUUAUGGCUUACAGCUCAUGAAAAAACAAAAAUCAGUGUCUCAGAAAAUUAGAAUAUUACAAAAGACCAAUUGUUACUUUUGGCAGUGCGGGCAGUGUGCCAAAUCCUGCUGGAAAAUGAAAUCCGUAUAAGCGUUAAAGUUGUCAGCAAAGGGGAAUAAAUGAAGGUCAGUCUAUUAGAAAAGUUUCAAGAACUUAGAAAGUAUUCUCAAGUGCAAUCACAAAGACCAUCAAAAACAGUAUGAUGAAACUGGCUCUUAUCAGGACCGCCGCAGAAAAAGAAGACCAAGAGUUCUCUCUGUUGCACCGAAUAAGUUCCUUAGAGUUACCAGCCUCAGAAAGUCAAGAGCUCCCCAGUUAAGAGCACCCAUUCAGCAUUUUCAGAGAAUAUAGAUAUUUCCUCUUUAAACACAGCUGCAAAGUGAGAAAUAUGAAAAAAAAAAAUUGCGUCCACCAUUGAACACCAAAGGGUUAAUUAGUUGGUCAUUAUUCAAUAACAGCUGAUGUCAUGAGCUUCUGAUUGGCUGGAAUAAAAACCUGCAGCAACUCUGGGUAUCACUUGCUAUAUGGAUUAUCAUAUAUUAGUAACUGACACAUUUUAAUACACAGAUCAUCACUUGAUUUAAUAUGUUUCUCGUUUAAUGGCUUUAUCAUCAUAAUGACCUGCUGACUAAUAUUCAUGCUACUGAAUGAUAAAACUAUCACUGAUAAAAACAGAAAUAUUUGGUUUUUCAGACAUAAACUAAAAUUUCCUUUCAACAGGAAAUCUCUAUUACAAAAUGCUGUGUAGUGCAGGAAUAGACUUAGUCCCUUUUUGUGUAACUCAAACAUUAAUUAUAUUUAGCUGUGGACCUUAAAUUUGUAUAAUUGUACAAAUAUUCACCAAUAUUUAGAGGUAAAUGCAGGACUUCUCUCCAGAGCUUUGUUUUUGAGGUACUAACUUAUUUCAGAGUUCCUCUUUUUGAAAGAAUAACACUAUUAUUUAACCUUUUUUAUGUUAUAUAUAAAAAAUGUUCCUCUUUUGUUGGUUUACUUUUGUUUAGGAACCCUGAUGUUGUUGGUGGUACUUACAAAUCUCAUUUCUUUUUUUUUAUUUAAAAGUGCAAUUAAAAAGAAACAUCCACACAUUUAGAAUCUUUCAAAGUGAUUUUUGGAUGGAUUUAAGUGUGCAGAUGCCUCUUUUAAAUGUUACUUUUGUCUUUUUUGAGCGGUGUUCUUUUUUUAAAUUUUAAAUAGUUUAUUAUUUAAAACAUUUCAUCUUCUAAAGAAAUACAUGUAGACAAUAAAGUUUUAUUAAAGUA